GAGUAAUAAUAACAGAAAACCAAAACGGAUAAACUUACUCACAGAGUUUCCAUAGCCAUACCCAUUAGCCACUCAGACCAAGCUUGAAGAAGAAGAAGAAGAAGCAAAAUGCAAGCACCAAACCCUACUACCCUUACUUACACUCACAAACCUCACCUUCAUCUUCAACCUCUCCCUUUCCACUUCCCUCUCUCCCCAAUUUCAAUUCCAUGUCGCCGUCUCCCCAAUUCCACUCUCCGUCUCAAGUCUCACUCUUUCUUCUCUCUCCUUCUCUCUCAAAACAAUAACACUCCCUCUCGCUUCGCCUGCAGAGCUCUACCCGAACCAUUUUCCAUCAAAAUCCCCGUCGGCGAUAGACAUAUUUUGGUUGAGACUGGACAUAUUGGUAGACAAGCUAGCGCUUCUGUUACAGCCACUGAUGGUGAAACUAUUGUCUACACCUCUGUUUGUUUGGCUGAUACUCCAAGUGAACCUUCAGACUUUUUUCCUCUUUCUGUAUUUUAUCAAGAGCGUUUUUCAGCAGCAGGUCGAACUAGUGGAGGGUUUUUCAAAAGAGAAGGAAGGACAAAAGAUCACGAGGUUCUGAUCUGUAGAUUGAUUGAUAGGCCUUUGCGUCCGACAAUGCUGAAAGGCUUCUACCAUGAAACUCAGAUACUUUCUUGGGUUCUGAGUUAUGAUGGUUUGCACUCUCCAGAUGCUUUGGCAAUCACAGCUGCAGGAAUAGCAGUCGCUUUAUCGGAAGUACCAAAUGCAAAGACUAUUGCUGGAGUUCGAAUUGGCCUUGUUGGAGAUAAGUUUAUCAUCAAUCCAACAACAAAGGAGAUGGAGGACUCCAAGUUGGACUUGUUGUUAGCAGGCACAGAUGAUGCAAUAUUAAUGAUAGAGGGUUACUGUGAUUUUCUUCCCGAGGAAAAGUUACUGGAAGCUGUACAAAUUGGGCAGGAUGCUGUACGAGGAAUCUGCAACGAGGUGGAGUCUUUGGUUAAGAAGUGUGGGAAACCAAAAAUGUUUGAUGCAAUCAAAUUGCCUCCUCCUGAGCUCUAUAAGCAUGUUGAAGAUAUUAUCGGCAAUGAGUUAGUGCAGGUCUUGCAGAUUAGGAGCAAAAUACCUAGAAAAAAAGCCCUAACUUUGCUUGAAGAUAAAGUUAUAGAUAUACUGAGCGAAAAAGGGUACAUUAGCUCUGAUACAACACCUGUAGUUAAUGAAACAAUAUCUGAUUUGCUUGAGGAUGAAGAUGAGGAUGAGGAAGUGGUUGUAGAUGGUGAAGUGGACGAAGGGGAUGUUCAUAUAAAGCCUACUUCACGAAAAACUACUCCAUUGCUGUUCUCAGAAGUAGAUGUGAAGCUAGUAUUUAAAGAAGUUACAUCCAAGUAUCUGCGUAGAUGCAUUGUUGAGAAUGGAAGAAGAAGUGAUGGCCGAACUCUAGAAGAAAUACGCCCAAUAAAUUCAAGAUGUGGCCUACUUCCAAGGGCACAUGGGAGUGCUCUUUUUACACGUGGUGAAACUCAGUCCUUAGCCGUGGCUACACUUGGCGAUCGUCAAAUGGCACAGAGAAUAGACAACCUUGUUGGUGUAGAUGACUGGAAGAGGUUCUAUCUCCAGUACACGUUUCCUCCUUCUUGUGUUGGGGAAGUUGGGCGGAUUGGUGGUCCUAGUAGACGAGAAAUUGGUCAUGGAAUGCUUGCAGAGAGAGCUCUUGAACCAGUAUUGCCUUCUGAAGAUGAUUUUCCUUAUACUGUACGAGUUGAGAGUACCAUCACCGAGAGCAAUGGCUCCUCAAGCAUGGCAUCAGUUUGCGGUGGUUGCUUAGCGUUGCAGGAUGCUGGGGUUCCAAUUAAAUCCCACAUAGCUGGCAUAGCAAUGGGUAUGGUUCUGGAUACUAAGGAAUUUGGGGGCGAUGGUAGUCCGAUUAUUCUAUCUGACAUAACUGGAUCCGAAGAUGCCUCCGGAGAUAUGGACUUUAAGGUCGCAGGAAAUGAAGAUGGUGUAACUGCAUUUCAGAUGGACAUAAAGGUGGCUGGAAUUACUUUACCCAUUAUGAGAAAGGCACUUCUACAAGCAAAGGAUGGCCGGAAGCAUAUCCUUGCUGAAAUGUUGAAGUGCUCACCUCCUCCAUCCAGAGCGCUUUCAAAGCAUGCCCCAUUGAUUCAUGUCAUGAAGGUCAGAUCUGAGAAGAUUCAUGUAAUCAUUGGUAGUGGCGGGAAGAAGAUAAAGAGCAUUAUAGAAGAGACAGGAGUAGAUGGUAUUGACACAGAAGAGGAUGGGACUGUGAAAAUCACUGCAAGGGAUUUGUUAAGUUUGGAAAAAGCUACAGCCAUUAUAAGCAAUUUGACAAUGGUUCCAAGUGUAGGCGAUAUUUAUCGGGACUGUGAGAUCAAGUUAAUAACAAAUUAUGGAGCUUUUGUUGAGAUAGCACCUGGACGAGAGGGACUUUGCCAUGUUAGUGAGUUGAGUUCAAAUUAUAUAGCAAAGCCAGAAGACGCUUUUAAAGUCGGAGACCGUGUUGAUGUUAAACUUAUUGAGGUAAAUGAAAAGGGCCAACUUCGGCUUAGUCGCCGAGCUCUACUUCCCGACACAGAAAAUUCCAGUGACUCAAAAGAUAGUGCAAAGGAAAAUGUAGGAGAUCAAAAGACCGAACAGUCCAAGGAUAAUAAGGCUAGCACAACAAAAGGAAGGAGUUCCAGCAAAAGUAGCUUAUCAGAAAAUUCUCCACAGAAGAAGUUUAUUCGGAAAUUAGUUGCCCCUAACAAAGAUAACUCAGAAACAAACAAAGAGAAGGAGAAAAAGAGUGGUAGUAAACCACUUAGUAGCAUUUCGAGUAAGGAUGGAAAUAGUUUAGUCAAUGGAGAGGCAAACAUUGGAUAAUGAGUUUCAUUUUUGUUGAUUGAUAUGAUGAGGGAAUGAAUUUCUUCUCUUCUCUUCUCUUCAUGGUGAGAAUGACAUGGCGGAAGGACAGCUCCCGUACGAAAAGCAAAAAUGGUAACUAAUUCUAUAGUCUAUACAUGUACGUUCUUCUUUCAUAUUUAUUUCAAUAAAUACUUCAAUUAGAAUUAACGUAAACAUUGUUUCUUAAUGUUAGUAGGAAAAAUGAUAAGGAGAUCUGUUACCUUGAAGUGAAGGCUGUUGAUUGAGAUUAUAAAUUAUAAUAUGAUGAGAUAAUUGAAAUUUCAGAGCAUACUGCAGAGUGUAGUUUUCAAGAAGAAUUGGUUGUUGUUGGUUUUUGAUUUUGAGAUAUGCUGUAUUGUAUGUUAUUAGUUUCUACUGAUUCAAUGAAUGAAAAGCCUUCAUUGGUUUUUCUUUUAUUGGGUCCAACCAAACCAAAUGUAUCAUUUAUCACUUAGUAAUUAAUUAUUCAUUGUUUAGGGUUGCCAUUUUUGAGGACA